CCCGCCCGGUCCAUUACAAACCUCCAGCGCGUCACCAGCUCACCAGCGCCCCGCGCCGGAGCACCAGCCUCACCAGACUCUCCAGACUCACCAGCCUCACAGGAUGCGCUGCGUCCCGGUGCUCUCGCUGCCGCUGCUGGCCCUGGUGGCCCUGCUCGUGGUGUCCAUGGCGCCGUGCCCCGGCCAGGCCAUGACGCUGCCGCAGUGCCACCCCUCGGUGCUGGCCACGGGCACGGACCGCAUCCGCAAGGUGUGCGCCGCCCUCACCACCAUGUACGAGCUGUCCAACGCCAUGGAGACCUACCUGGACGACAAGGGGACGCUGCAGAGUGAGUCCGAAGUGCUGCGCGACAACGCCCCUCUGGUGGACAGCGGAGUCAAGAGGCAAGACGUCGACCACGUCUUCCUGAGAUUUGGCCGACGCCGUUAAGCGCCGUUGCCGUUAGACGACGCAAGUUGUGUGGUAGUUGCAGCCCCACCUUCUCUCUCUCUCUUUUUAACAUUUUGUCCGUCUUGGGGACCUUCCCAAAGUAGAAAAUCAAGUUUCUUUUCCCAUUGUUGAGGCAGUUGCAAUAGUUUGUUAUUACAUUAAGUCUGAGAUGACGUUGCUCUGUGAGACAGCAGUAGGUUAGUCGCUUCAAGUGCUGGUCCUGGACCCACACCACCACUUGAAGCAACGCCCUUGCUUCCACUCCAGAGCGAUUCAAGAUGCAACUGCAUGUUUCUGUGUACCAUUUUCAAUGUUACAAUGUUUGGAAUGAAGGAUUGUUUGUAUAUAAGUAAAAUGUCAAAAGACAUUCCUUUCUGGAUUAGGGCUUCAUCUCUGCCAUGAAGAAUGUAUAAUCCACUUUAAACUGUAAAUUUUUUUAAAGCGUAGAAAUAAAAAUGCAAGGCGUUGGUCUGAA